AUCCUAUCUGUCGCUGAUCCGGCGCUGUGCUGGCUUCAUAGAAUAGAUAGAGUCUCCUUGCGAGAACCGGCGUCCUUCUCCAGCUCAGUGUUUUCCAACUCCGACCGUCACUCUUCCGACGGACGGUCUUUGGAAUACCCGAUCACUUUUCAGUCGUAUCAGUCGUCUCGCAUUUUACAAGGUUAACACAUCCAUCAAGCGCCGCAGCUACCUCAUUCCGUCUAGCACGCCGGCUGGAAUCGUACUGUGUCGAUUCAAUCAGCUUAAUCGGUCAUUUCUGACUGACGCAGUUCCUCUGCCGACAAGGUGUGAUACACAAUCCCCCGAGGCCACCUACUGUCCCAUCGACGAUCCAAGUCACUAUGGGCGAAACCACUGGACGUUCAAUUCGCAAGCGCGCGCAGUCUGACGGCGAUGAGUACCAACCGUUCACCAAGCGCCGCGCAACCUCCAAACGUGGCCCGUCCCAGCUCCGCGACCGAAACCAAAGCGCGGACACUGCGCUCAAGAUCCACCCAAGUGAUGAUACACGCGUCACUCGCAGCACCCGCGCCAAGCCCAUCACCUUCACGCCCAACGACGACGAUGGGAUGUACAAACGCUUGCGGCGGGAGUGUUUGGGAGAUGGGAGAGACGGUGUCGCGGGAGUGACGGUUAUGUUGGAUAAUGCGGAGUUGUGGGCCCAGUUUCAUGCUUUUGGGAAUGAAAUGAUCGUAACAAAAAGCGGCCGCUGCAUGUUCCCCACCCUAUGCUUCCAGUUCGGCAACCUCGACCCUACCGCACUGUACUCUAUCGCGUUGGAUAUCGUUCAAAGCGUCCCGCAGCGCUUCCGAUUCAGCUACAAGGAUGGAAUGUGGGCACCCGUCUUAGAGGCGAAGAGUGAUGACGAGCCGAAUGCUCAGAAUGAGCUUCCGAGGCCUUGUAGGGCGCAUAUCCUUCCUGUUGGGAUUCAGACAGGAGAAUACUGGACCUCCCACCCCGCCAACUUCUCCAAAAUCAAGCUCACCAACAGCGCUACCCCCCCAUCCAGCACCUCCACCUCCCUCGUCCCCGACGGCUACUUCCUCCUCCGCUCGUUCCACCAAUACCAGCCGCGCGUGCAUCUCAUCAAGCACAGCCAGUCCUUUACCAUCGGCAGCAAGCGCGGCGCUGACCUUGCCGGCGGAGAUGUGGUGACGACGUAUGUAUUUGAGGAGACAAGGUUUAUGGCGGUGACGCAUUAUCAAAGCCAGAAGGUGAAUACUUUGAAGAAGAAUUAUAAUCCGCACGCUAAGGGGUUCAAGGUUUGUGUCGUUGUUGCAUUUGGCAGGUCGUUGACUGGAUACGGAGUGGCUGACAUCUCUUUCCAUCAGGAUGAAGACAUCAAACACACCGUCUCCCGCCUCCGGUCCCGCCCCAUCGAGCAAUCCCCCGCCAUCCAACAACCGCAACCCAUCAUCUCCUUCACGGCGUAUCCCACCUACCGCGGCGGGUCAAGCCAAGACGCGUCCGAAUCCAUGAGGGUCCCCGACGUCAAGAGGCCACGGUAUAAGGAGGAGGAUACGGACUCGGAGAGCUCUGCGUAUGAUAACGCGGAUGUCGAGGUUAAGAAGGAGAAUGUGGUGCAGGACGAUCGACGGGCGAGCAAUGCGUCUGUCGAUACCCUUCGGCUGCAGCAAGAUUCGGAAAGCCAGUGCUCCGCAGCCGGGACCAGCGACGCGUGCGAAGACUGCUACGAGGCGAGCGAUGAUGACAGCAUGGCUGCGAUCCGCGGACUUGUCUCCGACGCCAGCCCUGUGAGCAAACCACCCUACCGGAAACCCUCACUAGCCGCAUCGUACGACGAAAUUCCGGUGCACGAAGCCACUCCAGCUGUCACCCAAAAGCUCACUACCGCAAGCAUCCCCGUCUCCUUAAUCCCGCCCAUAAGCUCCGCCGACGACGACUGGGACAUAGACCUCGACGAUACCCAUCACCCCAACCACCCCCGCGCCGUGCACCCACCCCUCCACGUCGUCACAAACACCCACCGUCGCCGCUCCCUCCCCACCCAAAACCCCCUCGACGUCCUCGCCACCGUCUGCAACUACAUCAUCGACUCCGGCGACCUCACCCGCGCCCCCAGCGAGAUCGCCACAUCCGAACUGUCCCAACCCUCAUCCAUUCCAUCCAAGCGGCGCGCCUCGGAUGCGCAUUGGGAUGCUAACAAGGAAAAUCGAGUGAAAGUGGAUGACGCCGUGGCGCGGAUGGCGAGAUGUACGGCGUCGAGGUUGGGUGCGCUGGUCUCGGCUUGUGAGAUGCGCUCCGCGAGGAUGUGAGGUCUUUUGGUGAAGUCUCGUAUUGCUUUUGUUUGGAUUUUUGCUUCGCUUGGUUUUUUUCAUAUUCUGCAUCUUUCAUUUGUGCCAUUCCCAUUUCAUAGCGGCAGUCCUGCUCUGUUUUGUAUCAUAUCUGUUUCCUGACUCCCCCUCCUGUUUCGCCCCUCUCGCGCACGACAGAUACGGGAGCUCGUGCUUUUGAUUCGAGUUUGAACUGUACAUUCUCACAUCUCCCGUUUCUCACUCCCCUGAUUGGUAGCCCUGAUUGUUAGCCUGAUCUAGUCUAGAACCCCUGUUUUCCGGCAGUUUGUGGAACUUGGAUCCCUUUUCACUUUCUUUUGAAUAUAC